AACUGUCACUGAAUGUCCUGGUCCACCCGCUGCCGCCGUCAAGCUGCUCUCCUGACAGCCAGGCAGCGGCUCUCCUGGUCGCCCGAAACGCUUUCGCCUCUCUACGCCUUUUUUGGACUCCAGAGAGGCGCUGAGGAAAUGACUUUUCCGUCGAACUUUUAGGAAGUUUGUGUCCUCUUUUUUUUUCCUUUUUUUUUUUUUGUUUGAAGUGCAACCGUUGACUUGUCAUUAUGAGAAGUCGAAGCAACUCGGGAGUUAAACUGGACAACUAUGCCCGGAUGGUGCAGCAAACUAUCCUGCGGCACCAAGAUCCAGUAACGGGUCUUCUUCCGGGCAGCACAGAUCAGCCGGACGCCUGGGUGCGAGACAACGUUUACAGCGUCCUGUCUGUGUGGGCCCUCAGUCUGGCCUAUAGGAAGAACGCAGACAGGGAUGAAGACAAGGCCAAGGCCUACGAGCUGGAGCAGAGUGUGGUGAAACUGAUGAGAGGUGUCCUCCAGUGCAUAAUGAGGCAGCUGGAUAAGGUGGAGAAGUUUAAAUACAGCCGAAGCACCUCAGACUCGCUCCAUGCCAAGUAUAACCCCAGGACCUGUGCCACGGUUGUCGGGGACGACCAGUGGGGUCACCUGCAGGUGGACGCCACCUCUCUCUUCCUGUUCUUCCUCGCUCAGAUGACAGCAUCCGGUCUUCAUAUCGUCUACACUCAGGAUGAAGUGGAUGUAGUUCAGAACCUCAUGUUCUACAUUGAAGCAGCUUACAAAGUGGCUGAUUACGGGAUGUGGGAAAGAGGAGACAAAACCAACCAGGGCAUCACUGAGAUUAAUGCCAGCUCUAUUGGCAUGGCCAAGGCAGCUCUGGAGGCGCUGGACGAACUCAACCUGUUCGGAGCAAAAGGAGGACCUGGAUCUGUGGUGCACGCCCUGGCUGAUGACAUACAGCACUGCCAGUCCAUCCUGACAUCCAUGUUACCUCGAGCAUCCAUCUCCAAGGAGGUGGACGCUGGAGUCCUCUCCAUCAUCUCAUACCCUGCCUUUGCUGUUGAGGACAUGAGCAUAGUCAACAAAACCAAGGAGGAGAUCAUCUCUAAACUGCAGGGUCGAUAUGGCUGCUGUAGGUUUCUCAGAGAUGGACACAGAACACCUAAAGAGGAUCCAAAUAGACUGUAUUACGAGUCCGCGGAGCUGAAGCUGUUUGAGAACAUUGAGUGCGAGUGGCCUCUCUUCUGGACAUACCUCAUCCUGGAUGGCAUUUUUAUCAACAGCCCCGAGCAGGUGCAGGAGUACCAGGAGGCUCUGGAGGCCAUCCUAAUCAAGCAGAAAGAUGGCAUACGACUGGUGCCUGAGCUCUACAGCGUCCCUGCAGAGAAGGUGGAGGAGGAGUAUGUGAACCCUCACUCAGUGGAGAGGGUUGCUAUGGGAAAAUGUCCUCUGAAAUGGGGACAGUCUCUUUACAUCUUGGGAAACCUCUUAGCUGAGGGUUUUCUUGCUCCCGGAGAGAUAGACCCUCUCAACAGACGUUUCUCUACAAUCCCCAAACCCGAUGUGGUGGUACAGGUGUCAAUUCUGGCCGAGACAGAGGAGAUUAAGGAGCUGCUGUUGAAAAACGGCAUAGAUGUGGAGACUGUGGCUGACAUCCAUCCCAUUCAUGUGCAGCCGUCCAGAGUCCUCAGCCACAUCUACGCCAGACUUGGUCGUAACCCGAGGCUCGGUCUCACUGGGCGACCCUACAGGAGGAUAGGAGUCCUGGGAACCUCCAAAUUCUACAUCAUCAGGAACACCAUGUUCUCAUUCACACCUCAGUUCAUUGACCACCAGCAGUUCUACCUGGCUCUGGACAAUAAAAUGAUCGUGGAGAUGUUGAGGACAGAAAUCGCCUACCUGGCAUCCAGAUGGAGGAUGACUGGGCGGCCGACCGUCACUUUCCCUAUCUCACAGACCAUGCUGACUGAAGAUCGCACAAACCUGGACCCCGCAGUAUUGGCAACACUGAAAAAAUUACAAGAUGGAUAUCAUGGAGGAGCAAGGAUCCAGACGGGGAAGCUGUCGGAAUUCAUGACCACUUCCUGUUUCGCUCACCUCAGCUUCCUGGAUGGUAAGGGUUCUGGCAGCAUGGCUCGCCACGACGAAGAUUAUGCUGAUGAUGAUGAUGAGGGUGACGCCGAUGGAUACAUGCAUGAGUUACGUUAUGAUGAUGAGGCUGACGACCUUGCACAGUACCUGGACCACCUUUUGGCGCACGCUGCCCCCAAGAAGCCCAAGCCACAGAAAGGUGGUCUGGGCAGGUUCAAGGCUGUGGCCACCAAAACUAAGGAGAUGGUGUCUCUGAUGAAUAAGGCUCAGGACCUCAACGUACACAAUGUCAACAUGUACCUGCCCAGUAAGCUGUUUCGUUCCCCCCAGCCAUCGCUCAACCUGAAUCUUCCUGAAUCGUCAGCACCACAAGCAACUCAGCAUCCCGAGGUGAAAAUCACAACAGAGAGUGGCAUCCCCAGAGACGCCAGCGGAGCCAUCGACUACAACGCUUUGGUCCAGCUCCUAAAAGACACACAGAGUCUCCAGGACCAGGCCGACAUACUGUACAUCCUCUUCAAAGACAAAGGAAUGGACUGGGAUACUCAACUACAUGGUAAAGGCUCCACAGUGAGAACUCUGCUGACUGACCUUUACGUGAAGGCCGGUGAACUCAAACACUGGAGCCUCAUCAGGAUGAUCUCAGGCAUGCUGAAGAAGAAGGUGGAAGAGCUCGACUCGGCCUGCUCCGAUAUGCUGGCGCACCAGAAGCACCUGACCGUGGGCCUCCCUCCUGAACCAAGAGAGAAGACCAUCACCGCUCCGAUACCUCCAGACCAGCUAGCUGCUCUCAUUGACGAGGCCAGCGACGGCAACAUCAGCAUCGCCAUACUCACCCAGGAGAUCAUGGUUUACCUGGCUAUGAGCAUCAGGACUCAGCCCGAUCUGUUCAGCGAGAUGUUUAGGCUACGAAUCGGUCUCAUCAUCCAGGUCAUGGCUACUGAACUCGCUCAGUCACUCAACUGCUCAGGAGAGGAGGCCACAGAGAGUCUGAUGAGCCUCAGUCCGUCUGAACUGAAAAAUCUUCUUCACCACAUCCUCAGUGGGAAGGAGUUUGGAGUGCAGCGCAGCGUCAGAGAGUUGGACGCUGGCAUCAGUCCCGCCAUCUCCAUCCAUCACCUGGGAAAUGUGGGUGCCACCAAGAGCGAGAGAGCCGGCAUCAGCAAACUGAAGAGCGACAUGAAGAUGGCUGAACACAGGUUGUCCGUGUCGGAUCCAUUUAAGGACCAUCGGCUGUCAUUGACAGAUGCAAUUGCAGAGAGCGUACGAUCUCAGUCACUGGACAUCGAAAACAUCGAGUCUGGGAGGUACCGACUGCCGUCCAUAGAAUCCCUUGAUAUUCCCGAGAGCAUCCCUGCUUCCAAGGAUACCAGGCAUGGCCAGUGGCUGCGUAGGAGGCGUCUGGACGGAGCGCUGAACAGAGUGCCCGUCGGCUUCUACCAGAAAGUUUGGAAGAUCCUGCAGAAGUGCCACGGUCUGUCCAUAGAGGGAUUUGUCCUUCCAUCUUCAACCACCAGAGAGAUGACCCCUGGAGAGAUUAAAUUCGCGGUCCACGUGGAGACAGUUCUGAACCGAGUCCCUCAGCCUGAGUACCGACAGCUGCUGGUGGAGGCCAUCUUGGUCCUCACAAUGCUGGCUGACGUAGACAUCCAGAGCAUCGGCUCCAUCAUCCACGUGGAGAAGAUCGUCCACACGGCCAACGACAUGUUCCACAAGGAUCAGAUGGACCUGGGAGCAGAGGAGCACAUCCUGGAGAGGGACCCGUCCACCGGAGUGUGCAGGCUGCUGUACGACAGCGCCCCUAGUGGCCGCUUUGGGAGCAUGACCUACCUCACCAAGGCCGUGGCAUUGUAUGUGCAGGACUUCCUACCCAGUGGGGCGUGCGCCGUGCAGUGAGAGGUCGCUACGACAACUUUAGUUUUACAUGAAAGUAAGAAUGAAUUAAUUGUAAUGUUACAGAGUGAAUUUAUAGGCUUUAUGUGAAAAAUCUGGUCAAAGUUUAACAAUAACAACAAUAACAGACUCACAUUUUAUUUGAAGUUUGUGUGUUAAGUGAGCUUCCAUUGCUGUUCCAGAGUCUUUACUAAGCUGUAGCCCCGUCUUCUCACCUUAACACAGUAGGUAUCUCAUAUCGUUGUUACUGUCAACACAACAGUCUGUUAAAACUUCCCAACGCUAUCUACUGAAAAUCUUUAUGACCCCGUUGGUCACACUGUAAAAUAAGCCACCCAGGAAACAUCAGCUACGUUUACAUGGACUGUAAUAUUUCUUCAACCUGAUCCAAAUGCUUGUUUGAACAACUGGUUGUUCUCUAUGUUUCUGUCCCUCCUGGAAACUCAUCACCUGAUGUUUACCCCACGUGGAGCGGACAUGCUAAGAGAUGAUGGAUUUUUCCGUUGAACAAAUUAUCAAAGGUUUACAUCCCCUCUCUACAUGUGAUUGAAAAAGUCUUCUGAUCAGAUCAGUCUUUUCUGAUUGAAGUAGUCACAUGAAGCAUUUCUAAUCUGAAUAUUAAUGGCUACUAGCAUGGAAGCCAGACUGGAUCUAGUCUGAAGUUGAUUUGGUGUCACUGAUUAUUGUCUGGCUCUUGCUUGGUUAUUCAAAUGAAUUAUCAAAUCAUUUGGGUGGGCUUUACGUGGUGAUUGACCCUUCAUCUGAGCCACAUGGAUUUGUAUUUCUUUACAUUAAAAAAGCUCUGAUUAGUUGGAGGACGAGCCACUUGUAUGCAGAGAUCAUUUUUCCUUUGUAUUGGUUGAAACACAUAUGAAAUCCAGAUGGGGGUGUUCCCAGACUCACAUUCUGAUAAAUCCAGUGGAAAACUAAUGUCCAUGUAAACGUAGCCACUGUUCUCAUUAUUUUUUUUUUAAUAAAGAGUCUGAUAUAUUAAUUCAAUCUGUGACGAUUAAUGCAAUUAGACUUUCUCAUAAAUCUUCUUUAAAGCUGAACAAGUGUAGAACAUAAAUGUUGACCCAGAAUUCAGACCAUUUUCUUGUACCUUCCGUACAUGCAUGCUGUAUGAUGUAUAACAUGUGAAACAGAUUAAAUAAUCUACCAACUAUUUAUUUUAGAGUUCUAACUGAACUACUUCAGAGCUUUCUUGGAUGCCUUAGCAUUGUUGCACUUAGAAAAGUUUUGUGUGAGUGAAACUAGAGAAAUGCUGUUUUAUUUUAAACUAUUCAAAAGCAAGAGACUUUGUAUGAAUUUAAAACCACUUUAGGUUUUAUUGUGUUAAUUUUCAGAUGCACAUAAAUAUAGCAGUGAAGUCAAAUUCAGGUUUCUGUCUCUUCUGUGCCUUCAUGUGCUGCUGCUGCUGACUGGAAUGUAAUUGUCUGUUUUUGAGUACUUUCAGUGAGACUCGUGGCCAUUUUAACUCUCAAUUGUUGUUCUACAUUAUUCUCAACACUUUUCACCUUUAACUGUUUGACGGGAUAAAUGUUGUGUUAAUAAACAGCUGAUGUUGGUUAUUUGGUGAUAUUCAAGCACACUCCAUGUGAACUACAAGCAAUCAUGGCUGAGCGAAUCCACUGAGCAGACUGGUUGUUGGCCUUUUUUUUGUUUGUUUGUUUGUUUCUAAAACAAAUUCUGUAAUAAAACAGUAGAAACUGA